CCUGAUUUAGUGAAGAGGAGUUGUAUAGUCUAGACAUUGAUCCUAUCAUACCAAACAAGAUGAAGGAAUUCAACAAUGUCAUGCAUAUGGCAGCAAGGAACUUCAAUAAUAUAGAAGAACUACUAGAUGCAUUCUUUGGAUUCCUGUGCACACAAACUGAUUUCUACCAUACACAAAUAAGCGAUGAACAAAUGAAAAAGUAUGGAAUAGAUAAAACAGUUAACCAAAGAGGGUUCAAACCGGGAUAUAUCAAGGAACUUAUCAUGCAUAUCAAUGAUAAGUACCUUGAUAUAUACCGACAAAGAAAUCAACCUUAUCUCUUGCAACAGGAAGAAUCUAUAAUGACCAAGAAAAAGGUACAUGUAGUGGGAAAUAAGCAUAUUGAUAACAAAGUGGCACCCACUACAAAGUUACCGGGACCAACAAGUGUUAUAUCGCAGUCCACAGAACAGGCACCUAGAAGUGUAGAACCAAAACCUUGUGUCAUAGAUGAAGACCUACCGAAAGUACCAAACGUAUCUGGUACUGCCCUGGAAUUACUUACGAAUAAAUACACACUUAAUACGUGGAAUGGAGGAGUUAAUAACGUAUACUGCUGGGCACAAACAGGUACGGAUCUGACCAUUGAAAUAGUAACCAAGGAACAUCUGGCACCUAAGGAAGUGAAUUUACAACUUAAACGAAAUAGCAUGAUACUUUACAUCGGCAAUGAAACUAUUAUAGAAGGUGAAUUCCCAUACCAAAUUAACGCAGAUGAGUCAAUGUGGAGUGUAGAAGAUAGAACCAGGUUAAUCAUAUCAAUAGAAAAAACAGAAGAAAGGUGGUGGGAUACCGUUAUAGUAGGACACCCGAAAAUAGAUGCUACACAAAUAGAAUCGGUAAAACGAUUUGAUGAAUUCAGCGAACCGCAACAACAUGAAAUGGUAAAACUAAUGAAGCAACAUAAAGAAAAACGAGAUUUGCCACUCGAAUUUUUGAAGAACUAGUAAGCAGUGUGAAGUUAGGGGUUCUACUCA